GGGCGGGCGGUCCCGUGACGGCUCGGUGCGCACAGACGGUGGCCGGCAGGGCAGGGCCGGGCGCGGAGCGGGUGCCGAGCGCGCCGCGGGAGGAUGGCGGAGCCGCACGGAAAUGCUCCAAAAGCUGUAGUAACCUUAGUAAGGUGAACGGCCGCCUUGACUAAAAUUGCGACUGGGCGUGAGCUGCACAGCAAUUCAGCAGAACUGAAGUUUGAUGAAACUGUGUUGCUGCUUCACUUGUCCAUCCUAUUUAGGAACAGAAAUACUAAUACGGAGCAUUUGACCUGAUCUCUACAGCUGGAUCUCCUGAUAGCAGGAUUAGGAAAGAGUGCCUUCAGAACCAAUAUGUAGCAAAUGGGUGUCAUACCUCUGAAGCUCCCCCCUGGCUUCAACAUUUGCGUGUUUUAAGGAUCCUUGUUGCCUCAGCAUUGAAUUGUUCUUGUGGACUUCAGAAACAGAUUUCAUGUGGUGCUUGCUGAACGUUGAGUCACCAUGAGUAGUAAUCUAGGAAAAGAAAAGGACUGUAAAGAGAAGGAUCCAAAAGUCCAAUCGUCAAAAGAAAGGGAGAAGGAGGCGAAGGCCUCCGGAGGAUUUGGGAAAGAGAGCAAAGAGAAGGAGCCUAAGACCAAAGGGAAAGAUGCCAAAGAUGGAAAGAAGGACUCCAGUAGCACGCAGCCUGGGGUAGCUUUUUCAGUGGACAAUACGAUAAAAAGACCUAAUCCUGCCACAGGUACUCGCAAAAAAUCCAGCAAUGCUGAAGUGAUCAAAGAGCUCAAUAAAUGCCGGGAGGAGAAUUCCAUGCGCUUGGACUUGUCCAAGAGGUCUAUACACUUGCUUCCAUCAGCUGUCAAAGAGCUAACGCAGCUGACAGAACUUUAUUUAUACAGUAACAAACUGCAGUGCCUGCCAGCAGAGGUGGGCUGUCUGGUGAACCUGGUGACGCUGGCCCUGAGUGAAAACUCACUCACCAGUUUGCCUGACUCUCUGGAUAACUUGAAGAAGCUGCGCAUGCUUGACCUGCGGCACAACAAACUGCGAGAAAUCCCCUCGGUGGUGUACAGGCUCAGCUCCCUGGCCACGCUCUACCUACGCUUUAAUCGCAUAACUACUGUGGAAAAGGAUAUCAAAAACUUGUCAAAACUCACCAUGCUUAGCAUACGAGAGAACAAAAUCAAGCAGCUACCUGCUGAAAUUGGUGAGUUGUGUAACCUCAUAACGCUGGAUGUAGCGCACAAUCAGCUUGAACAUCUUCCAGAAGAGAUUGGAAGCUGCACGCAGAUCACCAACCUUGACUUGCAGCACAAUGAGCUCCUGGACCUGCCAGAAACCAUAGGAAAUCUGUCCAGUCUAAGUCGUCUUGGCCUGAGGUACAAUAGGCUGUCAGCAAUUCCCAAGUCUUUAGCAAAAUGCAGUGAACUUGAUGAGCUGAACUUGGAGAACAACAACAUUUCUACUUUACCAGAGGGUCUUUUAUCCAGCCUUGUCAAACUGACUAGUUUAACAUUGGCCAGGAACUGCUUCCAGUCCUAUCCUGUGGGUGGCCCGUCCCAGUUCUCCACAAUCUACUCUCUCAAUAUGGAGCACAACCGCAUCAAUAAAAUCCCCUUUGGAAUUUUCUCCAGAGCUAAAGUAUUAAGUAAGCUGAACAUGAAGGACAAUCAGCUGACAUCUCUCCCCUUGGACUUCGGGACUUGGACAAGUAUGGUAGAACUGAACUUAGCGACGAACCAGCUCACAAAAAUCCCUGAGGAUGUCUCUGGGCUUGUUUCUCUUGAGGUUCUUAUCUUGUCAAACAAUCUCCUAAAGAAACUUCCCCAUGGAAUUGGAAAUCUGCGGAAACUCCGAGAGUUAGAUCUAGAGGAAAACAAACUGGAAUCCUUGCCAAAUGAAAUAGCUUACCUCAAGGAUCUGCAGAAAUUGGUUCUGACUAACAAUCAGCUGACCACCCUUCCCAGAGGAAUUGGUCACCUUACCAAUCUGACGCACCUUGGGCUCGGAGAGAACCUUCUCACACACCUUCCUGAGGAAAUUGGUACACUGGAGAAUCUGGAAGAACUGUAUUUGAAUGACAACCCCAAUCUGCACAGCCUUCCCUUUGAGCUGGCUCUUUGCAGCAAACUGUCAAUAAUGAGUAUUGAGAACUGCCCACUCAGCCACCUUCCACCUCAGAUUGUUGCAGGAGGACCCUCCUUCAUCAUCCAGUUCCUAAAAAUGCAGGGACCAUAUCGUGCCAUGGUCUGAUGCUCAUCGACUUGUCCAAUACACUGUACAAAAUACAAACUGCAUUAAUGUUGUAAUUGUCUGUAUAUGUAUAUAUAAUAUAAUAUAUGUGGUUUAUAUUAUAUUAUAUAUAUAUAAAUAUAUAAAUAAUAUAAAAAGGCAAAUUUAAGACUGCAUUAUGUGUUUCUGCUAAUAGAGGAAUCAUAGCCAUUUAGAUUUUUUUUUUUUUAAUUCUGUAAAAAUGCUUGUCUAAGUUUUCUUUGCUGAACUUGAUGGAAGUUGUCUGAAUAAUCUGAAAAUGCCAGUUCAUUUAAAGCAAUUGCCAAUGAACUCAAAGUUUAAAUUUAAGCGACAAAACCAGUUUUGCUUAGAUUUACUUUCAGUUAAGAGAAAUGUAUAACCUUUAUAUAAUGAACUUUUCUGUUUUGCUCUCCCCCACCCUCCCUUUUUUUUUGUGUCAAAACCUGAAAGGGUCAUGUCCCCUGAGGUUGGUAUUUUCUUUUAACUUAUUUUGAGAUUUGAAGCAAAUGGUGUUUUUAUAUUGUUUACAGUCAGAGUAAAUCACUGGAUUUUGUUUUAUUCUGA